CAGUGCGUUUAGCGCGUUUAGCGCUCGUGUUGUAGUGCUGUCAGCUGUCAGUCAGUUAUAACCUAAAAAUAUAUAUCGUGCAUUAUCGUGGUCUCUCUCAUCUUAAUGUUUCGAGAAAAGGGACUUUGAAAGUUAAUAAAAUAUGCGUGUAUUGUAUAAUAAAUCAUACUACAAGAGAUCAUAUUUUUUCAGUAAUGGAAAUUAUUUAAUGAAUUACAUGUAUACUCUAUAAAAUCGAAUAUGGACUGCUAUAAACACAUUAGAAACUCCACCGCCAACAUCCGCACAUUCUGCAACAAUACAUAGGAACUUAAUGGUCAUUUUUGGCGGAGUCUGCAAUGGAUAUAGGCCUAAUGAUGUAUGGUGCUUAAAUUUGUACUUGUAUACCUGGCACAAGCAAAGUACAUCAAAUUUGAAGCCGCAGCCACAUUACGGCCAGUCGCAAAUUGAACUUGGGGAGAAGCAUUUACUUGUGCUUGGUAUUCUUAAUUAUUCUUAAGAUUACAUCUUGAUAUUGAAAUAAAUGUCGCUCUUGUAUUAAUUUUAUUUACAUAAGAAACAGUAGAUUAAAAUUUCUCUUUAUUAAUGUCAGAAUAAAUAUAAUUAGAUAAUUAUAUGCUUGUGCGUGUGGAAAAUAUAUAGGAGGUUGCACAGGACCAAAUGCUGCUAUGAAUGAUGCUUGGUUGUUCACAAUGGAAGGUACGUCUUGGACGUAGAGGAAAAUUAAUAUGCACAAUACAGAGUGGGCACCAACGCGUAUUUGGUGUCAUUAAGCUUGUAAGGACAUGGCAGUGGGUGGUGAUGCCGUGACAGUUAUUCCUAGCUACGAUGAAAUUACUCUGUGCAAUCCGGCGUUUAAAACAUUACGAAGCAUAGUAAACGCAUGGUUGCUCGAGGUAUCCGUUUAUAAAAAUGUAUUCGCGGACUAUCAGCUGAUCCACUUCUAUCGGUGGCUGAGGUCUCCAAGUGCCUUGCUUUACGAUCCUGCUCUACGUCGUACUCUACACACUUACAUGAAGAAUAAGUUGUAUAUACAGUUAAUAGCAGAGUUCAAAACGUUAGGUUGUAUUAUAGUCUUUACAAAUUUUAACAAAAUUAUCGUGUGCACGAAGAAAAGAUCUGUGAACGAUGCUUUAGGCUAUAUAGAAUUUGUUGUUCAAACUAUACGAAACAAAGAGCUGUGUUUCACAGUAUUGAAAUUACGUUUGACCAAUGUUGGGAAUAUCUAAUACGGCUUGACUUGGUACGCUGAUUCAUCAUUCAUUUGAUUCAUGAAAUAACAUUAAAACUGUGUUGUGUAACGCUAAUUUAAUUAUAUAUUUGCUUUAUCGAACAGCACAAUUAUGCUGACAUUAAAGGCCAGUUAUCUAGAAAUUAUGCGGAAAAUAAGAAUACUGAAAAUAAUGACGAUGACGCGGUAAAAAAAAUUUUUUAUAGCAUUUUUAUAGAUAUUUUUGGAAACUGAUGGUUCUUACUUGACGAUAUUUUUAUACUGCUUUGAUUAAUUCAAGUGCAGGAGUGAUCUUUAUACUUUCUUUUCCACCCAUAUCCAGAUUAGGAUAUUCCUCGAGAGUUAAUGUCUUUUCCGGCAAAUUUCGAUGUAUUUUUUGGGCUAUUUUGCAAAUAAUACACACGUAGGGCCAUUAAAACUACUGACCUCCCAUAUCGAUAAAGUAUCAAUUUUAAAUUUAUUUUA